AUGUGGACUUUGCCAACCGAACCCCGAAAGCUUGCUAGCAAAUACAAUUGCGGACAAUGUCGUAAGGACCGCCAGAAGUGCGUGCGUCCGACACGAACCACGACAUGCGAGCGAUGCAUACGUUUCAAGCACCACUGCGACCCGGGCAGGCUUUCGAAUCGAGGACAGCAGAGUAGAAGGCGGCGUUCACCGAACCUAGAUCCUGAUUUACAACUGAUUGCGGUAUCUGGUGAUGCCGUCCAACUAGCCCUCGGGAUGUAUGAAUCGCCUGAGGUUGGCGACCAAGAGAGCGUGAGCCCGUAUUCUGGGGCAACAAGCAUUUCUCUGGAAUCGGCGGGAGUCUCUUCUAGAAACUCUUCGCUUGAUUCAACGCCCGAAAUGGAACAUCUGAACCUGGAUUCAUUUCCGAACUUGGCGAUGAAUUGUGGAGGUUCUGAAACCUUGGAUGUUGUCGAACUUCCAGUCCACAGGUGGUUGCAAGAUUCCCUCGAGUAUGGCGUCGAGAACGAAACAGAAUUCCUCGCGAUCGACGAACCAAUUCUUGCACCUUCCCAAAUCUGCGUUCGGCUUUGCCCAACCCUGGUCUCGAGUCCAAACAACUGUCCUGGGCUGAACAAUAUGCGACCUUCGCGCCUGCGCACCCGGACGACUUUCGAAACGCGAUUGGAGAAUCGCAUCGUGCGGCUAUGGGACAGUUACGAGGCAUUCACACUUACAGAUGCACGUACGGGCGUUCUGGCGGUGACACCUCUAUUCGCCGCCACCUUCUCGGAGCUUUUUCGUUGGUCGAGGCAAAUGGCUGAAGACGGUGAUAAACUAGUGAGCCUGACCCGGUUCGCAUGUGGCGCGGCGGAUGCCUGGAUGAAUACCAAGCUCCACCCAAGCACUCGAACCGAAUAUCUCAAAGCAUACAAUCAUUACGAUUGUGAGGCGCGAAACAGUCUUUGGCGAGCAGUCCAUGAGUUCGCGCAGAAAGUUCGGGAAGGACAAAUGCCCGACGUGAUGCCAUUGUACAUCGCUACUUUCCUUCAUCAUGCAGCCGGAGCAUGCAUAAGAGGGGUUAUGGAUGUAGAUGCAGCUAUGGCGGCAUUCAAGUACUAUGAUGGGUUCACGGCUGGAUUUCCGAUCAGAAUUUUGCGAUCGCCAACCUCUGAUGGCCGAUGGGCGGUGGAUAUGCUUGUGAGUCGCUUAUGA